CUCGCAGGCCAUUGAAGUAUAAAAGGACUCCUUCAUUCCCCCACCACGACCCUAUCCUGCGCUCGCUGUGUCAAUCGUCGCUGGCGACAUCCACAAUGUCGAAUAAGAUAGUGCCUGGCAUCUACCGCGCGGUUAUAGACGAAGUCAUUUCCGCCAUUAAGCCCGAGUUCGACGAGUACGGCGUCAGCGAAGAAGUUCUGGCAGAGUUGCAACAUAAAUGGGAAAGCAAAGUCAUUGCAUCACAUGUUGCAGAGUUCGAGCCACAGCCGCCCCCGCCUCCACAGCACCAUCAUAUGUAUCCUCCGCAUCCUAUGAUGGUUCCUCAUCACCCGCACUACCCUCCUCCGCACGCAUAUGCCCCGCAGCCUCCUCCUGUCGCGCAACCUCAAGGUCCGCAAGUCAAGACAGAACCAGUGGAUAAUCGCUACGUCCUAAGUGCCCCACCGGGCAUACCAUACGCUCUACCACCACUGCCUGGACCUCAAAUGAACGGUAUGAAAACACCAGGCUUUCCUGGAGGACAACAAGGCGUCCUGUCGUUCCCUCCACACCCAGGGCACUUGCAACGUCCACCCGUCAUGACUAGGCCAUACCCACCUCCGGUCCCGCAGCCACCUCCUCAAGCUCCUCAACACUCCCCUCAACCGCCGAGUGCUCCCGCUGCUGCUAGUCCGCCUGCACCUCAAGCUAGAGCACCAGGGCAGAAGAUCCCUCAGGUUGAUGGACCUUCAUCAUCUGAUUCAGACUCACCUUCUCCUCCGCCCAGCCAGCCGUUCGCGCCUCGCGCAUCUCACCCCUCGCUUCCUCAACCAUCGCAGUCGUCAUCGAUGACGCACACAGAUGAUGCCGAGGCAAUCAACAGCGACCUCGACGACUCGGAUACCGAGGGUGAAGAAGAUGCAGAGGAGGGCGGGCAAGGCGAAACCGAUAUCGUGUUCUGCACAUAUGACAAGGUCGGCCGCGUCAAAAAUAAAUGGAAAUGUCUGCUCAAGGAUGGUAUGAUCCAUAUCAACGGGAAGGAUUAUCUAUUUGCCAAGUGCACGGGCGAAUUCGAGUGGUAGUCACGAGCCCUGGCUUUGCCACUUAGGCACCUGUCAAAUCUAUCUGUCAUUGCUCUGUUCAGCAGCUAGCUAUCUUGGGCAUAUGCUUCGUCCUCAUGUCAUUAACCCCCAGUACUUGUAUUCUACUAGUAGUAUCACGCAUCGUGAAUCGCAUCGUUUUAACCAAA